AGUGAUGAUCCAUAAUCCAUAAUGAUAAAUCAUCAUCAUUGUUUUUUAAAUGAAUAAAAUCUCUUGUUUCAAAGAAGAAGAAGAAAAAGCUAAACUUGUUAAUAAAUGAACAAUACGAUAACAAUGUCGUUGAUUAAUUCAAGAGGACGUUGGUUUCAUCCAAAUAUUGAUCGAAUAUCAGCGGAAAAAAUGUUAGUUGAUCGUGGUGUUGAUGGUUCAUUUCUCGUUCGGCCAUCCGAUUCACAUCCAGGUGAUUUUACAUUAUCCGUAUUAAAUGAUGGUCAAUUAACACAUAUAAAAAUACAUAAUACUGAUGAUGAUUUAUAUGAUCUACAUGGUGGUGAAAAAUUUGUAUCAUUAAUUGAAUUAAUACAUCAUUAUAUGCAAAAUCCUGAUCAAAUACGUGAUCGUAAUAAUCGUAAUCGUAUAAUACGUUUAAAAUAUCCAUUAAUAUCGGAUGAUCCAACAUCGGAACGUUGGUUUCAUGGUAACAUAACACCGCAAGAAGCGGAAAAACAAAUAUUGGAAAAAGGAAAAAAUGGCAGUUUUUUAGUACGAAAAUCAAGAAAACCAGGUGAUUAUGUAUUAACCGUACGGAUUGAUGAUAAAAUAUCGCAUGUAAAAAUUUAUUGUCAACAAUCUAAAUAUGAUUUUGGUGGUGGUGAAAAAUUUGAUUCAUUAACCGAUCUAAUUGAUUAUUGUAAACGUAAUCCUAUUGUUGAAACAAGCGGUACGGUUGUUAAUUUACGUUCACCAUUUAAUACAACCAAAUUUACAGCAUCAACAAUUGAAAAUCGUGUUAAAAUUUUAUCAAAAGAAGAUCAAGGUGAUCAACGUAAAGAUCGUGAAAGAAAAACUGGAUUUUGGGAAGAAUUUGAGUAUCUACAACAACAAGCAUGUAAACAUCUUUAUUCAAGAAGAGCCGGUGAACAACAGGAAAAUCGAAAUAAAAAUCGUUUUAAAAAUAUUUUACCAUUUGAUCGUACAAGAGUUAUAUUGAAAGAUAUUCAUUCGAAUGUUAAUGAUAAUGAUGGUAAUAUGGAAAAUUCUUCAUCCACAUCCGACUAUAUUAACGCUAAUUAUAUUCAGGUGGAAGAUGAAUUAACAAAUCAACCAAGUAAAAAAAUUUAUAUAGCAACACAAGGACCAUUAGCUAAUACAAAAAAUGAUUUUUGGUCAAUGGUUUGGCAUGAAAAUUGUUCAAUAAUUGUAAUGAUAACAAAAGAAAUUGAACGUAGUAAAUCAAAAUGUGUACGUUAUUGGCCGGAUAAAGAUCAACAAAUAAAAUAUGGAAAAUUGACUGUGAAAACAAUAUCGGAAAAAAUAAUGUUACAUCAUACAUUAAGAGAAUUUCGUAUUCAUUAUGAUAAUAAUAAUGAUAAUGUUAAUGUUGAUAAUGGUGAUAAUAAAGAUCAUCAUGUUGAUGGUGGUGGAAAAAAUUAUCGUAUUGUUUAUCAUUAUCAUUUUAUGACAUGGCCUGAUCAUAGUGUACCAUCCGAUCCAGGUUGUGUAUUAAAUUUUUUACAUGAAAUAAAUUGUAAACAAGAAUCAAUAAUCAAUGAUGAUGAAUCGAAUGGACCAAUUAUUGUACAUUGUAGUGCCGGUAUUGGUCGUACCGGAACGUUUAUCGUUAUCGAUAUAUUAAUUGAUCAAAUUAAUCAACAUGGUUUAGAUUGUGAAAUUGAUAUACAACGUACAAUACAAAUUGUACGUACAAAACGUUCCGGUAUUGUACAAACAAUUGCACAAUAUAAAUUUGUUUAUCUGGCUAUACAACAUUAUGUAAAUACAUUACAACAAAGGAUACAGGCUGAACAUAAAAGUUUACAAGCAGGCCGUGAAUAUACAAAUAUAAAAUAUACAAAUGAAGUUGGUGAUAAAUUUACUAGUUAUGGUAUACCGGCAAUUGCUGCACAAGCUGCUGCUGCUGCUGUUGCAUCAUCAUCAUCAUCAAAUUUAAAUUCAAAUUUACCAACAACAACGACAGCGACAACAUUAUCAUCAAUUCAACAACAAAAAAAUUGUAAUAGCCAAAUUGAAUUACAACCACGUCCACCAAUACCGCCAAGAUUUAAUCGUCUAACAAAUGAUUGUCCAUUUGGAUCGAAUGAAACUUGAUUCAAGACUUGUUUUUAGAUUUAUAUUUUUCAUUAUUAUUAUUA